AUGAUUUUAUGUUACAAAUGUGGGAUUCCAACUGAAUCAACCGAAUAUAAACUGUGUAUUAGAUGUACAACUACAACCAUUACAAUAUCAGAAAAGCUAAAAAAAUUUAUUAAUGUUGACUGGUGUAAAGGAUGUGAAAGAUAUUUGAAUAAGCCAAAGACUUGGUCAAAAUAUGAAUGGGGCUCUAGAGAGCUAUUGAUCUAUUUAAUUAAAUCUAAUACCAGUCUGAAUUAUUUUGAAAUUCUUGAUUCAUGUUUCGAUUAUACAGAAGAACAUUCAAAAAGAAUGAAUAUACAGGUUUUAUUAGAGGCCAAUGGUAUAAGAGAGAAUGUUGAAAUUAGAUACACAAUUAAAAAUAAACAAUGUCCUGAUUGUGAAAAAAUUGAAGCAAAGCAGCACUGGAAAGCAGUUGUACAAGUUAGACAUAGAAUGGAACACCCUAGAAUUUUUAUUUUACUAGAACAGUUAAUUAUAAAAAAUAAACAGUAUUUAGAUACAACUAACAUAAAAAUGAGGAAAGGUGGCAUUGAUUUUUAUUUUACUGAUCGUACAUGUGCAUAUAAAUUAGUUAAUUUUAUUGAAAGCGUAUUACCCGUUAAAAUUAUUUUGUCGGAGCGGUUAAUUAGUAAAGACAUUCAAAAUGCUAAAUCAAAUUACAAGUUUUCUUUUUCUAUUGAAAUUGCUCCUUUAUGUACUGACGAUCUUGUUAUUUUAGAAAAGUCUUUUGCUCACAGUCUUGGAAUUAGUAAUAUUGUAUUGGUUAAAAAAAUCAGUACAAAUAUUAUUUUGUUAGAUCCAUAUCUUUGUAAAGAAGUAAAAGUCAGCAAUUUGUCUUAUUGGAGCAAUAAAGACAAAUUUAAAGUGUUAAUAUCAUCUAAAAAGUUUAUUAAAUUUAGUGUUUUAGAAAUUGAUAGAAAACCAAUACUAAACAAUGAGUCAUAUAAACUUGUCUCACUUUCUGUUUUAAAAAAUGAUAGUACAGAGAUUAUUGAAACUAGAACACAUCUUGGUAAAACUAUUAAAGAAGAUGAUAUUUUACUUGGAUAUGAUUUAACAAAUUUUAAUACUUCCAUAGAAGACGAUAAUAUGCCUGAUUACUUACUAGUCAGAAAGAAUCCAGUAAAAAAUAUUAAUUGGAAGGUAAAGGUUACUUCUGAUGAAUACUACUAUUUUUUAGAUGAUAUAAAAAAGGAUAAAGAAAUUGUUAAUAAUUUAUGUGAAAUGCCUGUUGAAAAUAAAGAUUUAAUAGAAAAUUUAGAAAAAUUAUUAAAUUAUUAG